CCCCUCCAAAGGCUUCCCUCAACUAUGGACGACCCUCAACAUCUCUCACUACCCUAUGAUACCCGCGACCGAAUCCACACCUGGCUCUGCGGCUCCCCCGAACCUGCUCUUGCGGCGCUACCGAAUCGCCCACCAACGCCUCCACGAUCACCAAGCUCGCAACUGCGUAAACACCGCCGCGACUCCUCGCUGUAUGACAGCGACAUGGAGGGCUCUCGAGAUGGCAGCCCGAAGAGGCGGCGCGGCAACGAUGACAACAUUGCACCCGCCCAGAGCGUGUCGCAGGUGGGUGUGGGUAGCGUGCUUGCGUUGAGCGAGCGCACGACUUUGACUGCGACGGGUACUGGUGGUAGCGGCGUGGUGGUGGACAGGAAGCGCUCUGUAAGCCCGAGUCGGCACUUGACGGCACUGCGGACGGCGCAGCCCGCGAUCACGCUGGGUCCAAUAACCAUGCACAAGACGCCGUUGCCGAAGGACGUUGCGGUGGAUAUUGGUAAAUUGAGGAAGCGACUUUCGGCACGCCAUGGAUAUAUUCCGGCCGGUCUUCAGGAAGCCAUUUGUAGAGACCCUGUUUUUCUUCCAUCUCUGGAUAUCGAUCCUAUUGAUGAGGAGGAGUUUGAUGAAGCCGACUCGCAGAAUGCAGCUGAGCUUGCAGAUACCUUGCGGCGGGUAAAGACGAUAUUCCAGAACGCGCGCCUCUGUACAGAGUAUGGUCGCGAUGAGAACGCAUGGUGCUUUGACGUGGUUUAUCCUUUGCUAGAGCUGGCCAUCAAGCUUCACGGGAAAGACAAAUGGCGGUGCGAAAGCGUCCAAUCCCAAUCCCUCUCCCCCCGCUACCUUUCCUCAAUCCCCGACCCGACCCACACCUCUCCCACCCGUAUGAAAACCCUUUACCGCAAGACAGACUUCUGCUUCUCAACCUCGCGUCUCGACCCCGCUUUCGCAUCGCUCUACGACCAUCUAGAAAGGACGUAUCCCGAGGUGUCGCAUACAACAGACAACUUCACUUCGCGUGUGGCGCUGUUCUCUGGGAUUGAGGUUAAACCGGAGAAUGGGGAUCAUAAGGAAGCGGAGUUGCAGAUGGGGAUUUGGAUGGCGGGGAGUUUGAGGAAGAAGGCAUCGUUAGCGACGCAGGCUGUGUCUGGAUUCCAACCCUCUCAUGCAAGUACUCGGUCUGCGGCGGAGGAAGCUGGAGAUAUCGCAGCGUACCCCCUUGCCGCCGAGGCGGACGCCACACCCGGUGUUACCCUCAAUGUCAAUACAGUACCCCCCCUCGAACCCGCUAUCACAAUUAUCGGCCACGAGCACAAAGUAUACUACGCUUAUCUUUCUGGCUCGGGCGGCGAUGUUACGAUCCUUGGACCAGAUGAGAAGCUUGUGGGUCUUACGACCAGGUCCGUACAGGGGAUUUUUAGACUUGUGAGGUUUUACGGAGCGGUUUUAGAGUAUUGUUAUGGCGUAGAUGAGGAGGAGACAGAAAAGGGCGUCUGGGGUACGUUCUUAGGGCCGGUUUUGAGGGUGCUGGCUGGCAACGGAGGUGGUGGCGGCGGGUGAGAAGAAAUGCUGAACAUAUUUAUGAUGUUAUGUAUUCAUGUAUUUUGGCUGAAUU